AUGGCAUCCUACGCCACGGGCUGGCUACCGGCCUCAAACCAACACCAAUACCAACACCAACACCAGCCGCAACCGCAACCCCAGCCUCAUCCAAGUACUACUAGCCAACCAUUCCCUCACAGCGUCACCGGCAAACGACGCGCCGACGAAGUCAUCGACCCAUUAGAAUCUCAAUCCAACAUCUCAUCCCAUUUCAAGAAGUUGCGGUUGAACCAUAGUCGACCACAGUCAAUACAACAACCACAACCGCAACCGCAACCACAAGUCCUACUACGCCAACAAGCACCACCAUCACCACCCUCACAACCACAGUUCUCUUCUCCCAAUCCCACUACCACUACCACAGCACCAACAUCCAUCACCACUACCACUACCAACCCCGGGUUCCGGCCUCCUCCGCCCAACGACUACAACGACACUCUUCAACCCGGAUUAAUAUCACCACCACCACAACACCAAGAUGCCUCUCAGCCUCUCUACAAAAUGCCAACAAUUCCCGACUCAGACUUCAUGACCGUCGACGACACUCCCCACCGCGUCAUCAUCUCCGACCUCGACGCCGAGAUCGCCCAGAUCGAAGCCGCCGAGGCCGAGGCCCGCUCCGCCGUGUUUCUACCAGAUAUCGAUAAAAAGGUGUCGUCGAUUCCUUCACGGGUCCUGAACAACAAUCUCAAAUCAUCACCACCACCUCCUCCAACCAACGCUUUGGUCCUCUACCGUGAACCUACUAGUAUAAGUAUUCCAGAGGAGAUGGAUGUGGUUAGAAAGGCAAUUGUUGCUGCGAGAGCACGCGCAAGACAGAAACAGGCCGAAGAAUUCAGGGCGGCACAACAAGAAACACGAACGCCAGGGUCAACAGACGCAGACAAUAAUGAUAUAGAUCUAGAUGACGAAAUUGUCGAGGAAAUCCCCGCUCCUGUUCAUACAUUACCUGGCGUGGGAGCCGGAAUUGGAGGAGGUGCCGGUCGUGGUAUAGACACGGAUCAAGAAGACGUAGAUGCAAUGGAGAUCGAAUAG